GCAGUUGGCGUACUCUUGGACUGCCGGAUUGAUCAGCUGAUCUGAAGUCAGUCAGCUGACAGGCUGAGUGAAGCCUCGCCCACCACCGCCCAGCUUCCUGGUUCAGGUGAAAACAACAGCCAAUAGGAAUGAGCCUGCUGAAGGAGGCGGAGCCUGGCCGGGAGAUGGAAGCCAAGGUGCAGACCUGGGCUCAGUCUCUGGUUUACACUCUGGAGGAGCUGGAGUGUAAAAUCUGCUACAACCGCUACGACACUCGCAGCCGUAAACCCAAAGUUCUGGGCUGCCUGCACCGAGUCUGUGCCAAGUGUCUGAAGAAGAUGGUCGACAUGGGAGAGUCUUCGCCGUCCGUCAUCAGCUGUCCGUUCUGCCGCCACGAGACCAACGUCCCCGACGAGGAGGUGUGGUUGAUGGAGGAUGACCGACACAUCCUGGGUGUUCUGUCGUGGCAGGACCGAGCCCGCCGAGGAGGAGGAGGAGGAGGAGGAGGAGGAGGAGGGCGUGAGGUGGUGCUCAAUCCCAGCAGUCUGACCG